AUGAGCGACACCAACAGCAAUGGCGGAAUUGAAUACGCCCUCUAUCGUUAUACGCCUUCCAUUCCCGCCGCAGCAAUCUUUGGCGUAGUUUUCGUUGGAUUGUCAGUUCUACAUUUGAUCCGACUGAUAAAACAUCGCUCUUUUUUCUUCAUUCCCUUUCUCGUGGGCCUUCUUCUGGAAUGCGCUGGAUAUAUUGCUCGGAUCUUUUCCCACUUUGACACCAAAGCGCUAGGUCCGUACAUUGUCCAAACUAUGUUGAUCCUAGUGGCUCCUCCUCUUUUCGCCGCUUCGAUUUACAUGACUCUUGGGAGAAUCAUCGUGAAACUCGAGGCCGAGGAUAUCUCCCUUGUACCGGUCCGGUUUCUAACAAAGAUCUUUGUGGUUGGGGACAUAAUCUCAUUUUUGCUGCAAUGCGGAGGUGGCGGCUAUAUGGCUGCAGGAACUUUAUCUGCAAUGGACACAGGUGCAAACAUUGUCGUUGGUGGCCUUAUUGUACAGCUUCUCUUCUUCGGAUUCUUCGUGGUUGUUUCCGCUAUUUUCCACUGGCGUGUGAAGAAACGAUCGGGUUACGUUAACCUCUCCCCAAUCUCUGACUCUCGCGAUGCGAGAACGAGAAUGACCUGGGAAUCUAUCAUGUGGGCUCUUUAUAUUGCUUGUUUGCUUAUCCUUGUGCGGUCUGUCUUCCGAGUGGUCGAGUUCGUCGAGGGUAAUGAUGGUUUCAUCAUGCGGAGAGAAUAUCUUCUUUAUAUAUUCGAUGCAUGUCUCAUGGCACUGACGGGAUUCGUUUUGUGGAUUUGCCAUCCUGGUUCUUUCUUGGCUCGCAGUCAAAACAAGAGAGAGUCUGAGUUGUCUCUACGGCCCUAG